AUGAGAAGGUUUUUACUCGGUGAUUUAAAUAUGCUUAUUGUUUGCAAAUUUGAUCCUUUCUAUGUUGGACCUUGCCCUCCUGGUUGUCUGGCACCAGCGAGCAAAUGCUGUAGUCCAUGCUGUGGCCCGUCCUGUGGUCCAUGCUGUGGCCCGUCCUGUGGUCCAUGCUGUGGCCCGUCCUGUGGUCCGUCCUGUGGUCCUUGUGGUUCUUGCUGUGGGCCCUGCGGACCAUGUGGCAGUCCCUGUUGCACUUCUUGCCCAUGCGGCUGGUAAAGGGCAGGCAUAUAUACUUCGACCCAAUACCUAACACUUGGUGAAAUUAUGGCUGAAGAUAUGUUUGGCUAUUGCCUCAAACAUAUUUGGAUAAUAAAAAACAAUGAAUAAUAUAUGUA